AUGCCUUGCUCGCGGCUGGUGGCUGCUGCUAGCUUUGCACAUCUUUUCCCUCUUGUCGUUGUUAUAAACACCUCGCUUCUCCCGACCAUCAGCUGUCCGAGUCAUCUUUGGUAUUUCGUAUCUCAUCUCAUCUUUUGUUCUCUUUUUUCUCUUCCAAUCCGGCUUUCGCUUUCCCGACCCUACAAAACGAAACAGUCUAUUACUACGUACUACGAAGCUUAUAGCUGCUACUGCUGCUGCUGCGUCGUCACCACCUAUACCCAACCCACCACAGCGCGAGUCCUACAAACACCACACCACACCACAGUCACAAUGGGUAAUGUCGGACGUGCAUUUUGCGUGGCCCUCCCGAUCAUAAUGAUCAUUGGCGCCAUUGGCAGCUUGCUCGCCGCCACUCUCGCCGGUGUCGCUCACCAGCGCCUCUUCCUCUUCCACAUCAACAUGACUGAGGCUAGCAUCAGCCCACUCGAUCUACAAAAUUUGGCCAAUAAAGCUGGUCUGGGCACCGUCGACUUUGGUAACAUCAUCAACAACGCCGGUAACGAUAUCAAGAACGGUGGCCAGAAUGCCGCCAACGCCUUUGGCAGUCAGGCUGGCAAGGUUGCUGGCGAUGUGAAAAACGGUGCGGACCAGAUUGGCAAGGACAUCUCCAACGGCGCCAACAACAUUGGCAACACCAUCAACCAUGCCCUCAACGGAAGAUUCGCCGAUAUCGAGAUCAGAACCGAAAACAUCACUGCUAAGAAGUUUGGUCUCGCCGAUGCCUAUGAUGUCAGCCUUUGGGGUUACUGCCGCACUGUCGGUAAGGACAGAACCUGCACAUCGUCUCAGUUUGACUGGGCUUCCCAUGUCUUGAACGACACAUAUCUGAACGACCUUGGCCACGACGUCGGCAUCAAGAAUGUUGCCCUGCCCAAGGAGGUUGCCGGUGCCAUCCACACCUACAACACCGUCAACAAGUUCACUGAGAUUGCUUUCAUCGUUGCCCUUGUUGCUCUCGGCAUCGAGCUUGUCAUUGGUAUCUUUGCUACCAUGUCCCGUGCCGUUUCCUGCCUGGUCUACCUCUGGGCCUCGUUCGCUACUCUACUUGUCUUCGUUGCCUGUGGUAUGGCUACUGCCCUCGCUACUGCCGUCAUUGGCGCUGUCGAGGCGACGGCCAAGUUCUAUGGUGUCCGCGCCAACUUCUAUUCCAACUUCCUGGCCGUCAUUUGGAUUGGCGCUGCCUUUACCCUUGGUGCCAACCUUUUCUGGAUCUUCACCAUCUGCUGCUGCAAGCCUGAGCACCGCCGCAACAAGUAUGCCCGUGAUUCUUACGGUGACAGCGAGAAGCUGAUGCCCCAGAGAGGCUAUGCUCCUCUCAACAACGACCACGAGCACAAUGGCUUCUACAACAACCAGGCACCGCAGCGACAGAGCGCCCCUACUUACAACGCCAACCCUCGCUACCCCAGCGGAGCUGGCCGUACCGACCUGGCUUAUGAGCCUUACUCUCACCGCGCCUAA